AAAUAAAAUCUAGGAUGUGUUUGUGUUUGCAUUUGGCUCUCCAUUCUAUUCAGAAGUAUAAGGACAAGUUGCAAAGGAGAAAGAUAGCUAUCAAUGGGCACCAAGGGAUAUUGCUUGUUUUAUGGCAUCAAGGGAUAUUAGACUUGUUAGAAGAGCAGAAAGUAAAGCUUUUACUGAGCUGUCAAAGUUGCAUGGUCGAGACGAGAUUAAGAACGACAUAGUAAACAAUUGGCUGGUUGGUAGCAGUGAUGAAAUAGAGAGUGAUGUCAAGACCACCUCGGUCGUAGACAUGGGUGGGGUUGGAAAAACUGCUCCUGCCCAACUCAUUUACAAUGAUCAUGCAGGCAAGAAGGUUUUUCUUGUUCUGGAUGAUUUGUGGACAGAUGAAUGCAAAAGUUGGGAACAACUAAAUCAAGGUUUCAAACCUGCUGCAUCUGGAAGUAGGAUUUUGGUGACAACUAGGAAGGAUACAGUUGUGAAGGCCAUGAACUCCGUUCGUAAAUUUCCUUUAAAACAGCUGAGUGGCAGUGUAUGUUUGAAGAUAAUUAGCCAAGAAGCAUUCAUCGGAAGAAAUGAGGAACAAUGUAGAAGUUUAGAGAACAUUGGAAAGAAGAUUGCAGAAAGAUAUUUGCUACAAAAGGAUGUAUAUGUUCCUUUACUGUUGAGUUUCUUUGAUUUGCUGCCAGCAUGGAUGGCACAAGGUUAUUUAAGUUCUGAUGAGAAUGCAGAGAAGGAAAUUAGGGGAGCUCAGUACUUUGAUUGCUUGGUGGAAUGGUCCUUCUUUCAAGAUCUUGAAAUAUUUGAAGGUAGCAUAUGGGGUUGCAAGAUCCAUGACAUAACAGUUGACUUUGCCAAAUUUUUGAUGGGAAAUGAAGUUGUGUCCGAAGAUCUCCAUUCUGAUGGGAAGCUUUCUUUAGAGAACACUCGUCAUCUAUUAGUAAGGCAGAUGCGUGGGACAAGUUUUCCUGUGCUUCUUGCUGCAGAAAAGUUAUGGAGCCUGACCAUCUUCGACAUUCAUGAAGAAGAAAACAGUCAAGCUUUGUGCAAAUUAUUUAUUGAACCAAAACGUGUGCGUUCAUUGAAUUUCUAUGGGGCUCAAAUUGGUGGAUGGCCAAAAGAAGUGGGAAAAUUGAUGCACCUUAGAUUGCUUAACUUGUCUCAUAGUAUGUUCGCAAGAUUGCCUGAAGCAAAGUUGGUACCAUUAAGGCAUCUUGAUACAACUGGCUGUAGCAGUUUGACUUACUUUCCCAGAGAAAUUGGAAGAUUAACUACCCUUGGGGAUUUAUGGGGGAUUAAAGUUGGACUUCAUCACACAAUCGACAACGCAUUUAGAUUGGGGGAUUUAGAAAACUUGUGUCACCUUCGUGUUUUGAUGAUGAAAAUAGUUGGAAGUAAGACUGAUGCUAAUGAAGCCAGACAGGCGAAGCUGCAACGUAAGAUUCAUCUCAAAUAUUUGGAGCUAAUUCUUGAUGAUUCCAAGGAUGAAAGAAUGAUGCUAUGCUGGUAUGAGGCAGCUCUCCACAUUAGGGAAGCUGGGGAAGCAAAGAACAUGUAAAAUAUUUUGCUUUUAGCUCUUGUAGAAUGGUUCUCUUUAGGAGGGUUUGCACUUAAGAAAUCAGUUUAGGAUGG